CUUGACGAGAAACUUCAAAUGCCAUCAAAGGUUACAAGAAGUCAGGUCCCAGUCUGACCCACUGGUCAUGCCCAUGUAUCGCCGACCAACAGUGAGUGUGACACAGCUCACAAGCAGUUCAUACUCAGCAGAUGUCGGUUCGAAGACUUCGACAAGAUUUAGCCUGCUGUUGCUUUUCCCUCAUUGGCAAAUCGACACAUGGCAGUCUUGCACUUAUGCUUGUUAUCAACAUUGAAGACUGGCAAAAUCCUGGCUCCGCUAGUGGUGGUUUUGUACUUGCUGCAGCUUCUGAUUAACUGUUACAUCAGCCAAGUGAUCUGGUCUGGGAAAAACUACAAGAAGAUUCCAGAGCCUCUCAUCAUCUUGGUUUGGCAUUGGCCAUUUCAUGCAAACUCCACUCUGAGGGAAGAUGCUUGCCUAGAUUUAUAUGAUGUUGCCAACUGCAUUCUCACACACAACAGGUCCAUGUUUGAUCGUGCAGAUGUUGUUGUGUUUCACCACAGGGAGCUCCAACUCAAAAGCUCCAGCCUACCACAGCUGGUCAGACCUCCCAACCAGAAGUGGCUCUGGGUUUCUUUGGAAUCACCAACCAACACAAAGAGGAUCCAUCCGUUCAAUGGUCAUUUCAACUGGACUAUGACCUACAGGACAGAUUCAGACAUCUUCAUCCCUUAUGGAACCCUCCUACCAAAGAAGCAAAGUGACCAAAUGACCAACUUCUCAAUGCCAAGAAAGUCUCACCUUUCGACGUGGGUUGUUAGCAAUUACCACAAGAAUAGUCUGAGGGCAAAGGUGCAUGCCAAUCUGUCCAGGCACAUGCCAAUCGAUGUCUUUGGGAGAGCAGCUGGAAAAUUCCUCCCCAGCAAAAUGCUUCUGCCAACGAUCUCUCGCUACGCCUUCUACCUGGCUUUUGAAAAUUCCGUCCACACGGACUACAUCACGGAGAAACUGUGGAGAAACGCUUUCACGGCAGGGUCCAUUCCUGUGGUGUUGGGGCCUCCACGUGCUAACUAUGAAAAGUUUGCCCCACCUGAUUCCUUCAUUCACGUGAAUGACUUUGCAUCCGAGAAAGAAUUGGCCAACUUCCUAAUGGAUCUGAGGGAGAACAGCACUCGAUAUGAGCAGUAUUUUAACUGGAGGAAAAGGUUUGUGGUCAAGCUGAACACAAACUGGACAGAGAGAUUCUGUUCCAUUUGCACUAACUUUUAUAGCCUUCCUCAGUCAAAAGUAUAUCAUAAUUUACAUGAUUGGUUUCACCAGUGAUAGACUUCUUUUCAAUCUACCUCAUAGAACGACCGUUAUUUCUUUAACUCAGUAGGUUAGAAGUAAAAUUAUUGCUGCUAUUUUUAAAUGUUCCUCUUUUGAUGUUUUAGAUCAUUGUCUUCAAUUGCUAAAUUGUUCAUUUGGAGAGGGUGCUGGGGAGCGAGGAGGUUUGAGGGACAUCAGUGAAUGGAGGAUUUACAAUAGUCCUUACAGCAGAGCAAGGUUACGGGAAAUUUAAAGGCAGUGCUCAAAAUUACAUGCAGUUUUUGAUGAGUAGAUCAAGAGAAAUAUCUCAGUUUUCAGCAACCAAGGGCUACAGACUUAGAAUAAUUGAUCAAAGAACUGGGGGCAAGCUAGAUUAUUUUAUGCAGUGCGUUGUUCUAAUUUGAAAGAUACAACUGAGAGAUUGGUGGACACAGAUUGAGCAGUAAUUUACAAAAGGGGAAACGGAUAUGCCCUUUCAAAGGAAAACGAGAUUCUUGAUUUAUUGUUAUCACAUGCACUGAGAUACAGUGAAAAGUAUUGUUUUGCAUGCAGAUCAUAAAAUAUGUCUGGGCCAUCGAACAGAAUGCAGAAUAUAGUGUUACAGCUACAGAGAGGUGCAGAGAGAGAUCAGCUUUAAUAUUUGAUGGACUGCGAAAAGCCUGGAUAGUUAAAAUGCACCAAAUGUUCUGGAAUAUUCUUAUGACUUUAACAAGAACCCAAUUCUUGUCAGGUUAGCCAGCACAUAUUAGAAUGUAGGCAGUGUUUUGAUGAGUAUUUGAAACGAUCAAUGAAUUAUUUGGACGGAGAUGCUCCCAGUGAAUCCUUUCCCCUUUUCAGAACUAGAUGCAAAUUCAACAACUAAUUGUGUAGGUAACAUUUAAUACUUAUUAUCGAACAAUUCAACUGGUUUACCAGUCUUGGUACUGCCCAGUGAUCUGGAGUGAAAAGCAGCAUAUUGGGUGGCUGCUGAGAAAGAUCUGGGUCAGGCUUACAUCCGAUCUCCCACCUGACCACAUCAAAGCAAAUGAACUGCCUCCUAUCAUAAUGAAAGCUGAAGCACUGUGCGUGUGUGUGUAAACUGCCGGAUGUUGCCACCCAACAAGGAAUCAAACCCCAAUAUGAAGUAGCACUUGCAAGAGGCAAAGAGAGAGAACAUAGUGGGAUGGGGAUGGAUGUUUCUGUUUAUGAGGUGUGGGUGAUGCAGAGGAGGCUGAUACCUUGGGAUGAGAGGUGUGAGAAGAUAGCAACGUAAUCUUUCUCCCUAUACUAUUCCUACUGUAGUACAAUAUCAGAUUAGCAUAUCAAAUCAUCAUUCUAUCAAAGUAUUAAUAUAUAAUCAGCAUUCACAAUAUUUAAAGUGUCGCCUGAAGUCUAUAUAUCAUAUUAUACAGAAUUGACUGCAUGAAUCACUCUAAGACAGUGUUUAAAACUUGAAUUUGUAUUUUUCAACAACUUUUUCUUGAAGGAUAUUUGUUAAAAUGUAAAUUUACUUUGUUGAUGCUGGUAAUAUUUUCUGAUUUGUAGUAAGAUCCAGUGUAGAGUGUUACUCUGCAGGCAUACUGACUGGACCCCCAGUUCCUAUACGGUGUGAGGGCUCACUGACCUUUAAAUGAGAACCCCCCCCCCCCCCCCGCCCAGAACUCCAGUGUAAAAGUCUGCAAUGGGAGAACUUGUUAAAGAGAUUUUACCUGGGCUCACUUGAUGACAAGUUCAAUGCAGAUCAUGUCUCACAGGAUCAUGAGAGGGAUGACAAGAACUGGUGAAUGUAAGUGUAAUUAUGGGGUUACUGUUUGUCUGAGGUAUUGAGCUCAAAACACAUCAUUGGUGCUCACCCAGAGAGCUGGACUCAGUAUCCGGCUGAUGACAUUCUUACCUGCCAGCUCUUGGCACAGAUCAAGGGUCAGUGUCCCUUCCCUGUUGGCUCCAGAGGAAGUGUGUGCUGGUCUCAGACAUAGACUCAUACAGCACAGAAACAUACCCUUCAGUCCAACCAGUCCAUGCCAACCAUAAUCCCAAACUAUCUAGU